CCUGACCACAGAAUUUACUCUAUGAUCUAAAGCUUUGAAAAAUUACUACAAUAGUACGGCUAUCAUAUAAUAAUAAAUUAUAUAAUUAUCAUAAACUGAAAUAUUGUACGCAUAUUUUGAAUUUUGAUCAUGACUGAAAUGCACGACCCAGACUUACAAACGAAAUCAAGACGUGCCACUGGAAUUUUGUCAGAAAAUCUUCAUUUUGUUGCAAAUGAACCAUCCUUGGCGUUUUAUCGACUUCAAGAACAUGUACGGAAAUCUGUACCGCCUAUGAUAGAAAAAAGGGUACAAGUUCAAAAACUUCAUAAGGAUUUACAAGGGCACUAUUAUGAUGUAGAAUAUGCAUUAGGAGCUAUUAAUUCUAUUAAGAACUGUGAAGAACCAUUGAAUAAUAUUCAAGAACAACUUAAAAAUGCUUUAUUCCUUAGUCAACAGAUCAAGUAUGAGCAUACUAGGCGUGGAAAAUCUAAAAAAGAUUCUAUGUAUAAACGCCUAUCUGCACACUUGACUACUACUUUAGACCUACCCGAAUUACCAGAAGCUAUCAGAGAUACAGCCAAUAAAGUGGAAUCUAUGGUGAACAGUGCACGACAUUCUAAUAUAUAUUAAUAUCAAUUAAGAAGAGUAUAAGACUGUUGUAUAAUAUUAUUAUUAAAAUUAUAAUUAUAAUUAUUAUUCAUUUGAAAUCUGAAACAACUGAAAACACUGUACAAGUGCUAAUUGUACAAUACCAAAAAAAAUGUAGUGUUUAAUUAAU